AUGUCGUCCAUCAAUGCCAUGGACCCCUGGCACGAUUACUUCAACGUGAAGAUGCAAGGGGCCAGCAUCGGUGCCGUCUUCGCUCUGUACAGCGUGGAUAACAUCCUAGCCUGUUUCUUUGUCGCCGCAGCAUGCGACCUGUACGGCCGCCGCUUCGGCAUGGGCUUUGGCUCCGUCUUCAUCAUCAUCGGCACCAUCAUCCAGGCAUGCGCGCAGAACAUCGGCACGUUCAUGGCCGGGAGACUGUUUCUCGGCUUUGGCGUCGCCAUCUCCGUGACUGCUGCGCCGAUUCAACUCGUGGAGAUGGCCUAUCCUUCCUGGCGAGGAGUCUUCUCUGGCCUAUACAACGUAUGUGGCUGGUACUUUGGUUCGCUUGUUUCCACCUGGACCGCCUACGGCACCGGCAGACUCAGCUCCAACUGA